AUGAAGAGCAGUUUUCAUGGAGAUUUCCGUAAGAUGCAUAACCAUAAACGAAGAUUAAUUGGAUCACGGAAAGAAAGAGUUAUGAAUACAAUGAUGAAUAAAAAAACUGAUCCUUCUGUAUUUGUUCGAGAAGAAGCUGCUGUACUUAUGAGAGAAGGUGAUGCCGUUCCUGCCCAAAUACCUAACUUAGGAGCGUUGCGAGUUGCAAAGCAUAGAGCACUGGUUAGUAAUAGGCUUCAUUCAGAUCCAAUGGUUGCCGUGAGAAAAAUGAAAUAUCUUGGGGAAUUUCCUAAUACUAUUCAUGACAUUGGUUCUGAUAAAACAUUCGUUCAUUUUUGGAGUAACUUACAGCUUCAAAUUUAUAAAGAGUAUUCAAGAAAAGAAAGGAUCAUAACUGUUUCAUUCGAUGCUACAGGUGGUUGUGUUAGAAAAAUUAAAAGAAACGAAAAUAUACGUAGUGGCCCAAUUUUUUUGUAUGAAGGUGUCAUGAGUAUUGAUCAACAUACCUUUACUGUUAUGUCUAUGCUCUCUGAACGCCAUGACACCUUAUCUAUUAGUAUAUGGCUUAACAGAUGGCUUCGUUGUGGAGUUAAAUCCCCAAAAAUCGUUAUAUGUGACCAGUCUCUUGCCUUAAUGUCAGCUUUAACUCAAACAUUUACUCAGUAUAAAUCCCUUGAGCAGUACCUUCAAGUUUGUUUUUCGAUUGUAGUUUUAAAAAAAGAAGAAGAGCUUCCGACCUGCUUCAUAAGAAACGAUGUCAAUCAUUUUGUACACCUUAUAUCGCAAUGGAAAGAAGUUAAAGACUCCAAAUUUGUCCGAACAAAAGAGUUAAUUAUAAGGGGGAUGGGACUCCUUAUUCUUUGCACAUGUAUAUAUGAAGCUGAGCAAAUAUUAGAAGCGAUUUUUACGAUAAUUUUAAGUAAAUUUGAUGGUCCUAUUUUAUCAGAAAUGUGUAAUUCAGUUGCUGAUACUCCGUGUGCUGAAAAAAAGAAAUUCCUUUCUAAACUUAUUUCAAAUAAAAAACACUAUUUGGAAUUUGUAGAACAAAUAGAUACUGAAUACCACCAAACAAAUAAUGAUGGGAAUGAUAAUGAUAAUAAUGCAAAUUCUACUUCUUUGGAUUCCUUUAAACAAUGGGCUCAGUCAAUAGCAGACAAAGCUAGAGAAAACACCAAAGAUAUAAUUGGUCAGUUUGAUAAUGCUCAGUUUCUUCCAAGCUUAGAGUCGUGUAUAGUAAAUACCAUGAAAUUCUUCCCAUGUUGGUCUGGAAUUAUGAGAGAUAAUUUUGGAUAUGGAACAGAGACUGCUUCUAGUAGUAGAAUAGAAAGUAACUUCAAUCAAUUGAAGAAUAGACUUUUUAAAAAUGAAUCAUUACCCUUAAGAAUAGACACGUUCUUGGAAAAAUUAUUAAUUUAUUAUAAAGGUGACCAUUUGUUGAUACAAGGAGAUAAUCAAGAUUGGGAAGAUGGGAUUUCAACUGAAAAUGAAUCAGUCCAUAAUCCAGACAUGCUCAAUAGAUCAACUGUUGGAUAUAAAAAUAAUUGUGUUCAAUAUACUCCACCCGCAGAACAAGAAGUGAUGAUUGAUAGGUAUUAUGUAGAUGAUAAUACAUCAUUACAAUAUGACAUUCAAGAAUGGGAAGACAGUAUUUUAUUUGAAAAUGAACCUGAUACUUUUCCCAAAACCAAUAAUAACCUAGUAAAUGAUAAUGUAUUUCAAGACAAUCAAAGAACUGUACAAAACGGUAGCAGUAAUGAGGAUGAAGAUGAAAUUAUAAGGAUCUCUAAAAAUAUAAAUGUAUCUGAUAUCGUAAUCGAUGAAAGCAAUAAUAUUGAAAAAUUAAACAAAAAUUAUAAUUAUAAGCAGAAAAUUGUACAAGAAACAUUAUUAAAUGAAAAAGAAACAUGUAGUGCUUCUACGAAUGAAGAUUAUUCUAUGGGAUUACACAAAUGCAUGUUUUGUAAAAAAUCCGUUCCUAUCUUCGGAUGUUCAGUUUCAACACCAGAUGGUAAUAAUGAUUAUGGACUGAAAAGAAUAUGUAAGGACUGUGAUAGAAAAAAUUCAGAUAUGACUGAAAAUAAUGCAACAGAAGUGUGGAAAAAAAAACCGUUAUCAAAAAAAAAGAGAUCUUCUCAUUCAUAUCUUGUUUCACAAGCAGGUUUCGAGCAUGUUGAUUUUAAUAAAAAAGGUUCAAUCACUCCAAUAUUUUUAUUAAAGAAUGGAAAUAGUUUUACUAACAGAGCGAUUAUGGUUCCCGGAGUAGGAAAAAUGUUAUUGAAUAACACUUGUUCGGUAGAUUCAGUGUUAUCAAUUUUAGCAUCAUCAGCUGCCGACAGUUUAAAAUUUAAAAAUGCCAUUAUAAAUAAGUCAUCAUCGAAUACAACUGCUAAGUUCAUAUUAAAGAUGAUUUCACAAAAUGAUUUCAAGGAUAUUUACUACGAACGAUUAUUACUUGUUUUACAGUUUUUUGGUGAUAAAAUAAAAUAUCUAGUUGGUGGGCUAAAAUCCAUUGAUAUGACUAACACAGCAGCAUCAAUGGCUAGUAAAUUAAUGGCAGACAUGCCAUCAUUUAUCAGAAAUAGCAAUUGCAAAAAUAACUUUUGUUCUGUAAAAUAUAUUGAGACAACUUCUGCUAUGAUUUCAUUGAAUAAAUUCAACGACGAGUUUUCAAUCCAAGAAGAAUUAUAUGAAUAUCUCAGAGAAUCAGAAGAGAAAUGUGUUUACUGUGGACAUCAAAGGAUAUCUUCAAUUCAUCCUACUACGCAUAUUUUGGUUGAGCUGAUUUCACUGCCCGAAGAUUUAGAAGCAUCGACCAGUACAGUUAAUAUUGAGAAAUCUUCGGUAACAUUGGUGAGACAAAACUUUGCGAAACCAAACAAUAUAAAAUUAUGUGAAAUAGAGAAGAACCUAACAGCUAUUUCGGAAAUGUAUUACCUACGAGGGGUAGUUAAUUUUCAUGGUGGUGAACGUCGAGGGCUCCGGUCAUCCACAGGCCACUAUACUGCUAGCGCUUUUCGAAGCAACGGGAAAUGGGAAACCUAUGACGAUAUGAAAACAACAGUUCAAUCCACUAAACAAGAAUACGAUGUAGAAUUUUUAAUUUAUACAAUUUGA